UUUUCACAACUCAUAUUUGUGCGCACUUCAGUUAAGCCGGUCAAUUUAGUUGCUUUAAUUUUUUUGGGGAAGUUUCGCCGACAUUUUGAGUUAAAAAUUGUUUCACAGCAAACACGCUGUGUGAACAGCAAAAUAAAAAAUAAAAAACCAGAAAAUGAUGGCCGACGACGACGAAAUAAAUAUUUUUGAUCGCAAGUUUGUGGUGGACAAUUUGCGCAGUCAAUUGCGCUGUCCAAAAUGCAUUCGCGAAUAUUCGCACAAAUAUACCAACGAAGGGGCGUCUGCUGAUUAUCGUCGCCCAUUUUUGUUACCCUGUGGUCAUCAUAUGUGCGAAUUUUGCAUCUCAAAACAUUACCAGCAAAAGGACUUCAAGUGCGCCGUCUGCUCCAGCUCAGCGUUACCCAUUUAUAUUGCCAAGGAAUCUAAUGGCAAAAAUAUUGGCAACAUAUGCGACUUCUAUGAGCUAAACUAUUACGUGUUGGGCGAGACAAAUAGCCUGGAGUAUGAUAAUCGUUAUUCGAUGAAUGCCUUAAAUAAAUCAUUCAUCUGCUCCUCGCUGGCCAAUGACAUCGUGCUGGAGACCAAAUGCAGCGAAUGCGGCCACAGUGCGGCCCGAGGCGAGUGCACGCAGUGCAAUGCAUUCUAUUGCCAUCGCUGCUACGAAACGGUGCAUCAGCACAGUCGCGUCCUCAAGACGCACCUCUUUCAGCCCCUGGACGAUAAGCAGCACUCUUGCAACGGCAUCGGCCUUCGCAUCGGCAAUGAAAUCUUUCGUAUGCCCGUCCAGCUGAUGUGCAACGUGCACAAUGUGCCGGCCCCCGUCUUCUGCACCUCAUGCAAACGCAACAGCUGCGAAACGUGCGCCAUUCGGCAUCAUGCCAAUCAUGUGACAUGCACAGUGAGCGAAAUGAACCAUCGCUAUAUUGCCGAAAUUCCAUCUUCGCUAAAUUCCAUUGAUGCGGCUCUCUUGCAAAUCAGCAAUGCUCAGCUGGUGGUGAAGAAUAAGAAAAAGAAACUUAACGAUUUUGUGGCCGAGACGCUGGCCAACAUCUCUCAGCGUUUCCGCUUGCUACAUGGUCAGCUGCAGAUAGCCGAACAGAAGGCGAUUGAGAUGCUGCGCGAGUCCAGCCAGUCGCCACAGCAGCAGCUGGACGGGGCCAUAAGCCAGCUGAAUGGCUAUGAGGCAGUGCUGAAGAACCUACGCCAGUUGCUGAACGGUGGAGUCGAUGAUCGCUGCGAGGUGCCAAAGGAUGUUUGGCUAAGGGAUAUCUUUAUGAUCAUCAAUGAGCAUCUGGAGAAAAUACCCACAUAUGUGGAAGUCACCAACAUUGAUCGUAAUCCCUAUCACUUAGAGACUAAUAAUAAUCUAUCGGAUAUGAUAAGCCGUUAUCUGAAAUGCCAAUAUCGUAAUCCUAAGAUCGAGGUGCGCUUUAAUAACGAAUACGGUUACCAGAGCGUUAUCUCGAACACUAGCCUGCCGCAGGAGUCAAACUGGCCAAGCCAGAGCGUUCAGCCGACGGCCUCAAUAGGCUCAAUCCAAUCACGACUGGGCAAGAAGCAAAAGCGUCGCCCCAAAAAAUCCGAAAGCAGCUCCAGUUCGGUGCAUGACAGCGACAGCGAUCGCCAUGUCCAGCAUCUAAAUUUCUUGCGCACGUUCUCUGCCAUGGACAUCAGCAAAUCGGACUCGAGCCAUUCCUCAGCCAAAACGGUGUCGUGUCAGCUGGGCGACUGGUUUCGCACAGAUGCAGUCGUGCGUGUUCGUGCCAUUCAAUCCCCGGAGGAUUUCUACGUACAGUGUAUCGAAGCGGCGCAAAAAAUGCGUGAGAAUCUGGAGGCAUUCUCUGAAUCGCCCAAUUGCCGGCCACCGAGCCUGAUUGUGGUGGGCCAGCAAUACAUCACGUACCACAAUCAAACCGAAAUGGAUCGCUGGCAUCGCGCUCUGGUCAUCCGCAAGGCGGAAUCACGUGAAAUCUAUAAUGUGUUCUUGCCGGACAUUGGCAUUUCCCGUAAGGUGCAUAGGAGCAACUUCCGUCAGCUGCCCGAAAAUUUGGCCACGUUGCCCUACACAGCCGUCCACUGCAGCCUGAAGCAGCUGAUGCCCAGCAACGGAGGCACCGAGUGGGAGCCACAGGCGAUUGACUUUCUGAAACAAGUGGUGCAAAAUAAUCCUGUGCACAUCACCGUCAUACGAGCCUUGGGCACACAACUCUAUGAGGUUGAUCUCAUCACCAAUAACUGCGAUUCGAGCAUUUCGGUGCGCGAAGCAUUUCUGUACACUGGAUUAGCGCGCGAGCGAAAUGUCGUUGGCGCCCCGUUGAUGCCGCAGUCGCAGCAGUUGAUGGCAUUGGAGCCGCAGAGAUUACCUAAAUACGGGCCCCGUGUGGGCGAUGUGAUGAUGAUACAGAUGCUACACGUGGAACAGCCGCAGGAGUUCUAUGUGAUGCCACACAAACUGGAGCAAAAGCGGAGCGCGAUGCAGCGCGAGCUGCAGUGCUUCAUGGAUCACAUGAGUCUCAGCCAGUUGGAGCCUAUCUACUUGGGUCGCCUGGAGAUGGGCUGUGUGGUGCAAUCGGAGGGUCAGUGGCAUCGCGCUAGCAUUCAGCACAUUUUGCCGAAAGGUUAUGUGCUAGUGCGUCUGGUGGAUUCGGGAAUCACACAGAAACUCUAUUGGGAUCAGCUUUUCAUGCUACCCCGCAUAUUCUGGACCCAGGAGUCGGCCAUCAAGUGUUGCCUGGCCGAUGUGGAGCCGCUGCAAGCGAAUGGCUAUGCUUGGACAACAGCUGCAAUUGAUGCCUUUAAGCAGCUAACCUCUAAUCCCAAGCUCCAAAUGGAGGUGGUGUCCGUACACAACAAGGAGGCCAAUGUAGCGCUAUAUUAUGGGAAUUACCACGUCGCUGCCAUGCUGGUGUCUCAGGGUCACUGCGAGUCGACUGGUGUGAGCAGUAAAGUCAUUAAGCCGCAGCAGACACGACUCUCGAAACUGUGUGUGGACACGCGUAAAUUGAUGGACGAGGUCAAAGAGGAGCCCUUGGAUGCUGCUCCUCAACCUAAGCAAACUGACAAUACGAACCGCUCACCCAUCGAAAUGUUGCACGUGCAGCAUCCAGGUGAAUUCUACGUAACGCUCGCGCAUUUCGUCUCGGCCAUUGCGGAGCUGAGGAAAACAGUGCAGGCCACAGCAGCGGAGAUGUACCAGAGUUGCGCAGCCUCUGCAAACUGGGAACGGGGCGACAUGUGCUAUGUGCGUGUGAUGGCCAAGGGAGAUCAGGAACUGCUCUGGCAUCGCGGCCAAAUUGUUGAUUGUACCGAUUCGAACACAACCAGCAAAUACGAUGUGCGCCUGCGCGACAUUGGCGAACUGGUGCUGGGCGUACCCAGCAACUGUCUGGCCGUGAUGGAUGAGGCGCUCGUACGCAUCAGCAACAGCGCCAUGUGCUGCCGCCUGUUUGGCCUUGUUCCCAAUGGCAAGGAGUGGUCGGAUCAGGCUAAAGCGUUCUUCAAGACUCAGCUAGAGACCUACAGCUCACUGCAUGUGACGGGUUAUGGACGCAGCGGAGACCGCCUAAACGUGGUUCUGUGGGGAGCACGAACCGAAAUCAGCGGACCGUUCUCGCCAGCGCACACCAAGUAUACGAACAUCAAUGAGAUGCUAUUACAGGCAGGACAUGCCAAGAGGGAUCCACAAAUGCUGGUUAAGGAGGAGGCGGAGUCGACAUCCAGCAGCAGCAGCGGCGGCGACAGUAUCAGCUGCAGCGUGUGCUCCAAGAAGUCAUGCGAUCAGGACAUGUUCGCAGGCUUCGACAAUAUUGAAAAAUCGGAAUCGCCCCAAGUAGUGGUUAAGCUGGAGUUCGAGCACAGCUACGGCAUGCCGCCGUUGGAGCUGCUGAACGAUUUCAAUACAAAUACAACCACUACCGGUUGUGAUGAGGCGCCAUUGGCCUGGCUGCAGCCGCGUGAAUGCAAUAAAAGUUUGUUCACUGCACUGCCCACCUAUGUGAAUCAUCAGUGCGAGAUUUACCUGAGCCUGGCCAGCGAUGAGCCCUUUAUCCAUCAUAUGCGCAAUUUGCUUGCGAAUCAUUUCAAGCCCCUGAUGGAACAACAGCGCAAGCCAAGCAGCUAUGUGGUUGGUCAACCCGUCGUAGCAACCUAUCACUUGGAUAAUCUCUUCUAUCGCGGCAUUGUCCAGAGCCAGUUGAGCGCUAAAGGUGAGCACAAGGUGUACUAUGUGGACUACGGGAACGAGGAGGAGGUGUCGCCAGCUGAUAUGCUGCCCUAUGCCCCAUUCCCGCAGCUAAAUGCCAUGUGCUGGCGCAUAGCCAUCCACGGCGUAAAGCCCAAGCAGAAGAAGUACACCAUCAAGACCAUGGACGCAGUGCAUCAGACUGUGGUCAUGAAACUCAGCAGCGUACGCGUUAUAGAAGUCCGGGGAGUUAAUGGCAUACCGCAAUGUCAAAUCAAGGUGGGCGACAUGGACAUAGCGACCAUGAUGUUAAACAACGAAAUGGCGGUACGCACUGCAUCCCAAGCGGAUGAGGAACUGAAACAUCAACGCGCUAAGGCACUGAAGAGCUUCAAGGUGUUCGAUGAGCUUAUCCAGUUGGGCGACGUCCAGCCACCACAGAUACUUGAUCAGGUUAAUACAACAGUUCAGCCGCCGCCCGCUAAGAAAAAGUUAAUGAUGGACAGCAAAGAGAUGAUUCAAACUGAAUGCGAAAAGGAUUUCGAUUGCAAAGAGGCAGCCAAGCUGGAUCAGCUUGAUAGGAGUGUCAAUUUGGAGGAGUCAGAGAACGAUCAGGAUAAUUCGGAAGAAAAUAAUUCAGCUGAGGCCUUCUCGGAUGAUUACAUCAUCGAUGAGAUUGGCGCUGUCAAUUCCAAUAAGAAUGAUGAGAAAACGGCCAGUCUCGAACAGGAGGAGGCCAGCUUUAUGCCACCGCAGAACAUAUCCGCUGUGGAUCAACUGCGCCGUCGCAUUCAGCUGCGAUAUAAGCAGGAAAGGAUGAAAAGCGCCCAAUUCUCUCCAAUGGAUACAUCCACGGAGCGUUCCUAUCACGAGAGCAUCGGUUGUUUCAAGUCUCAAUGUCUGCCGACUGGCGUUAAGCAUUUUCCGUGCACCAUCGACAAAGUGGUGUCCGCGACAGAGUUGCAGAUAACACCAGAACUAACCGAGUUUGCCAAGCAGGAGAUUGUGCUGGCCCAGGAGACUAGCGCCUUGAUCCGGGACGCUGCACAGCUGAAUCCUGUGGAGAUGGAAUCUUUGUGCCUGGCCCGCUACAGUCUGGACGGUCAAUGGUAUCGCGCUGUUAUUAAGGAAGUGUUUCAUGCUUCCAGUCAGGCGACUGUCUACUACAUGGACUUCCACGACACCGGAAUGGUGCGCUUUAUCGACUUAAAGGUGAUGCCCAAGCAGCUCUUUAUGUUCCCCCAGCGUUCGUUCCGCGUCAAUCUCUACGGUAUCAAGCUAAACAGAAAAUUUGCGGAUCCACCAGUGCGUCAAGCACUCCAAGCGUGCUUAUGCAAAUACCCCACAGUGUAUGCACGCGUUCACUAUCCGCACAAUUACAACGAUAGCGACGACUAUGCAGAAUCCGAGCCGGACUCGUCCAGCGAUUCUACUAAAAAAAGUUACAAACUACUCGAGGUCGAAAUUUUUGAAAAUAGAUCUACAACUGAGCUGCUCUACAAGCCUCUAAUCGACAGUCGGAUGUUACUAUUAAAAUAGUCUUCAAAUAUUUAAAAAAAAAUUUCAAAAUCGUGAAUUGAAGUAGCCAAAGAGGCAAAUUCCCUCGUUUUUUAAGUUAAUCUUAUCAUUAGAAGUACUGAUGUAAUUACAUAACUGAAUAUGUAUGUACUUUUACGUAUUAUGCCAAGAUCUUACACUAUGUAUUCUGGAUUUCUUGGAAUAUUUUUUCGUUCUUCAAUAAACUUAUUUACUACUGGA